GAAGCUCUGGUCUGAGCUCUCACAAGGACAGAGGCCAUUCCUUGCUGACCACUGUGACUUGCCACCCCAAGCCUCUCAGGACCUGUUGGUGUAGCAGUUCAGAUAAUUGAAAGCCGCUACUUGUCCCCAAGGACACCCAGAAGCCUUGCCACAUCAACUGACCCCCCGGCAGGAUGAGCUUCUCAAUCACAUUCACCGAGCUGGUCAACGUAGCCAUCCCACAGUGUGGGGUCGUGAACUUCAAGGCCCUUCAUCUCCUGCUCCAGGGCAUCCUGGAGCACAUCCAAAUCACUGAGCUCAAGAAAGUUCUUUCAGGGGAAGAGGACUUCCUUCAAUCCUCACCGGCUGUGUUUAUACCCAGGGAGGGAGAUGCCCAGCCUGUCAUCAACCCAAUGAAGAGGCUUAGCAACAUCUUUGACCAAGUAGUAGACCGAAUCGAAAAGAUAGAGUCCAAACUGGCUGAGAUGCAGGACAUACCCACCACCUCACAGCUGGUAGAGGAGAGCUAUGGGGACAAGCGGCCUGCUGAGGAGAUGUGGAAUAAUAUCAAGAUACAGAAGAGGAUAGAGGGCAACGAGAAAGCCACAGAAAAGUUUACCAGGACUCUGCAGGAUCUGCUCAACGACCUUCAUGUCCUCAAGGGCUCUGUUGAGACUGUUCAGAAGGAUGUGGACACGAUCAAGUUUAUAUUUGAAAAGGUAAACCCACAAAAAUUGGAACUUCUCGGUGAUGACUUGAAAACACAGAGCCGGAAGUUGGGUGCCCUGCAGCGGGAAGUGGUUACCCUCCAGAACAAGGUUCGAGCUGUCCCUCAACCUGAGGAGAUGGUGCUCUGGAGUGGCCUCCAUGAGGCCAUGUUCAGUCCGGAACAGCAGAAGCUGGAAGUGGAGCCGUCCGGAGUCUGGCAGAGCAUGGUCUCUCUGCCAGGGUCUCCUUUGGAGCAGCCUGAGGAUGCUGGCUACAUCCAUAUCCCCAUCCACAGUGCCACCCCUGUGCCCACCAUGGUGCAGUUAGGAACCACAGGAGCCCUCAGAGAGGAGGAGCUCACUCGGGCUGUAGAACUUGCUGACUCCCAGAGGCCAGAGCUGGCUCAGGCCUUUGUGUCUCAGACACAGAGGCUAGAACGGGCUCAGGCCUCUGUGUCUCAGACACAGAGGCUAGAGCGGGCUCAGGCCUCUGUGUCUCAGACACAGAGGCUAGAGCGGGCUCAGGCCUCUGUGUCUCAGACACAGAAUCUGAGACAGACUGCCCCUUUCCCUUUCCCUGUCCCUGGUUUUGUGCCUGGGCCUGAUUUCAUGCCAGUCUAUGGGCCUAGACCUGGAAUGGCUACCCCAAGCGCAUGGGCCUUACCAAGAGGCUUGGCUAGGGGUAACUAUUGGCCUAUAUGGGGUAUAGGUCCCUACCAGCCUGGCCAAGGUCCACUUCAGCCUAUGGGCCCGAUGCCCAGGGUUCCCUUCCCAGCCAUGGGAAGUGACAUACCAUGGACUCAGCCACUGCCACAAGGGACCCAGUGGUACCCAAAUAUUGAAGAAAGAGGGCCUGAAUAUGAGGAACAAUACCCGGAAGGCUAUCAGGAGGAGAUGCCCAUGGAUGAGGCUCCCCAGGAAGAGAUGGCUGUGUAUGGGGCUCUUGAGGAAGAGAUCCCUACGGAAGGGGCUCCCCAGGAUGGGAUUCCCAAGGGAAGAGCUCGGGAGAGGAUUUCCAAGGAAAAGGUCCCCAAGUACAGAACCCCCAAGGAGAGGGUUUCCUAUCACAAAGCCUCCAAGGAUGUGAGCCCCGAAGACACAGGCACCAAAGAUGAGGCUCCUGAAGUCAAAGUUCUCAAAAAGGUGGUCUACAAAGACAGACCUCAGAAGGACAAGGCCCCGGAACCACGCCGUAAGGGCCCUUCAUCUGCCAUAAAGAAGCUGAGGUCUGCUAUUGCCUCAGCUGCAGCAGCUGCGGCUGCCUACGCAGCCCAUGCAAACUCAGCUGCCCAGCUUGCCAAAGAUGCUGUAAAGGCCAUCCAGGACGUUCCUGCAAACCAGCUGGCUGCCAAGGCAGCAUUAAUUGCAUCAUCAGGGCCUUUAGGAGCCUUUGCAGAUUUCCUGGGUGCAGGAUUUGGCCAUGGGGCCACUUCCAACACACCCUUCGAUGAGGGUGAGUUGGAAGAGUUUCCUGAAGAGUUUGCAGCACCCUUUAACCCCUUCACAUCCAAACCAGUCCUGUCCCAGGCCAUGAUAAGUGCCACGCAGGCUACGAGUCCUGAAGAAAAGAAAAAGGCCGUGCAGUACUCCAUGGGUCACAUUGCCCAGAUGCCCAGCAGACAUAACUCCCUGAAAGAAGAGUUUACAAAUCUGUCAACCACCUUAAACCAACGCUUAAAUUACUUAGCUAACAUGGGAAGCUCUGGCGUGCUUGGUAGCACAGUAAAUGUUCUGGAAGAAAAGAUUAUUAACCUCCAGAAGGCCAGGCUGCAGGAAGAAGAGCUGGAGAGAGUUUGGGGCCACCAGAUAGAUACGAUGAAGAGUCACUACAUGGUGCUGGACAGGGCAGUGGAAAGGCUCCAGAUUCGCAUGGAUGACUUGAAGAUCCUCAAGGCAGAAAUCGAAAGGCUGGACCUGGUUAAGGCAGAUAAAAAUGUGAUGGAUCUGGAGCUGAAUGAAAAAGCUAACAGGGACGCAUUGGCAAGCAAGGCAAACAGAGUGGACUUGGAGACGGUGGCGAUGGAGCUGAAUGAGAUGAUUCACAGCAUGCUCUUGAAGAUCACAAACUAUGAGUCUGACUGGAAGAAGGCUCUGAAACAUCUCAGGAAGGACCUGAACACUAAGCUAGUCCAGAGCGAUCUGAAUAGCCUAAAGAAGGACAUAGAAGAGGUCUGGAAGGUGGUCCGGAAGCUUCUGCUAGAAGGUCUCCGAUUCGACCCUGACAGCGCUGCAGGCUUUAAGAAGAAAUUGUUCGAGAGGGUAAAGUGCAUCUCCUGCGACAGGCCCGUAGAGAUGAUGACUGGCCCACAGCUGAUCACCAUCCGCAACACCCAUGGGCUGUCCCGAAUAAGGCCAGCCAGUGCCAACAGCUAUGAGUAUCUGCAGCGGCAGCUGAUAAGGGAACAACAGCAGCAUCUGCAUUUCCAGAACUUUGGAGUCCAUGAGGAGGGUCAGGGCUUCCAGAAGGACUGGGGUGAUGGGCCCCGAAAUGAGAACACCUUGAAGCACAAGUCACAUGACCUGUCAACACUCUAUCCUUAUGGGGACCCUGAGCUGAUGAACUAUGACACUGCUGAGGUGGACAUCUUGGGGGUAGAUGGAGUUCUGUACAAAGGCCGAAUGAGCAGCCAGUUUGGGACUCGGACUGGGGAGAAGGACAUUGCAGCUGUGAAAGUUUCAUAUUACACCAUUCCAAACCUGACUGAUCGUGUGCGCCCAGGAUCCUUACUUGCUCCGGGCUAUCCACCCUUGAGCCCCCGCACCAGUAUCACCUCUGCCACCACUCUACACUCUGCCACCAACACCACGACGGCACGGCCACCAUCCCUGCCACCAGUGCCACAGCUACCACCACUGAUCCCUGUCUCAAGGGAUACCCAAGAGGCCCCUGGAUCUGCCAAGCGUUUGAAAUCUCCACGGCUGUAGCACACCAACCCGUGAAACCCAAGCCUGUGACUCAACUACCAUUGGGUCCCCUUCACUCAAAGAAAGAGACCCAGAGCCCUGGAACAGAUCCAGGAAAGGAUGCAGGGAUCCUGGAUAUAGGGGAAGGAAGGUCUGCAUAGGGGACCCAUGACUCAGUGUUUAACUGUGUAUCUAAAAUAUAAGCCAUACAGUCCUUCCUAGCCAACCUUUUCAUAGAU